UUUUAUCGUUGGAUAAUUUCCUUUUUCGCAACUGCUUGCCAACUGCAAGCUUUGUUACAAUUUUGGUAUCUGAGACCAACCGGUCAAACGACCUCGGAGUCAAGCACUCCAUCGCUUCCGCAAACACAUUCCAACUUAAGAAACAUUUUCUAUCUGACUUACAUGGCGAGCCCAGGGAAUACCAUGCGCACCCAGUCGGCGAAGGCCGACCAUGAGCGCUAUCAGCUGCGCCAGCCAACUGCUGCCGCCGCGGAGCCGGCCAGGGUAACUGGGCCCACCGCCGCGCUCCAGCCGCAACGCGGCACACGGCAGGAUGGACAGGUCAAAGACGAGACGUCAUAUAUACGGGUUCUUGUGGCUUUGUCCGAGGGAAUCUUCUGCAUGUGGCUUCAGCUAUGUAGAGCCUCGGAGAAGAUGAGCUUUGCAUUCAAGCGCUUUAAUUUUUUCCAGCCCCACCAGGUUCCUCGGCAUGGCUUUCCUCCCAACGCAAGCUGCGUUGUGCCGGGAGGUCCAUUGUUAUGGGUGGGCACCGAGUCCGGAAGCGUCUGUGUCCUAGACUCCCGGCUUUCCCUGAUAGGAUCGUUUAAUGCCCAUGGUCACAAGGUGCUGGAGGUGUUGUGGCUGGAGAUCCUCCAUCUGUCGUACCGGCUCGCUUGGGGUCACGGGGGGUCGCAUCCUAGCUUUCACCUCCACCUCAGUGACGAUCGCACUGGGUCUGUCGUCCGGCAGCGUGGUGGUGUUGGCGGGGGACCUCCCCGAGCCAAGCUCCACCACUCACGGCGCCUGUCGGCCCGACCGGACGAGGGGGACAUGCUCAGCGUGACCGGGUUGGAACUGACCGGCACUUCGGAUUUGUUGUCGCUGUUCGUGGUGACGGAGAGUUUGACGCUGUGCUUCCAUCUUCAGGCGAAUACCAAGGUACAGGUUCGGGGGGUGGUGGGGCCUGGGGGUGGGGUGGGGGGUGGAUGGACGGUUCUCGACCGCCAAGGCUCCCCCGGCCCCCGCUGCUGCUGCCUUAGGCCGGGGGGCUCGCUGCUGACGGUGGCACGAUCCGAGGGCUUGUACGACUAUACGGCAGACACUCGAGCUGGUUGUACGGUGUUUGAAGGGACUAAGCAGCGGUUGACUGCGUUUGGGAGAUAUCUUGUCGUGGUCACCCGCGAAGAGGGCAACCCCGCCACGGGCAGCCCCACUUCGUCCGCCAGCAACAUCCAGCUAUCGGGCAUCGGCGGCGGCGGCGGCGGCGGCGUAGGGCCCCCGGUCGGCGGCGGUUUCGGUCUCGGCGGCGGCGUGGGGUUUAGCAGUAGCGGGAGUGGAGGUGGCGGCAGCAGCUGCCUUCAGUUAGCGGAUGUACGGACGAAGCUGCUGGCGGGCACAUUUGUACUGCAGGGCCUGCAGCACGUGUUUUGCGCGUGGGGUGCCGUACACGCUGUGACAGCGGCCGGCGCCGUGUGGUGUUAUCGGGAGAUUGAUUUACCUUCACAGCUGGAGACCCUCCUCCGUCGCUCCUUACACAAACUGGCGCUAGAUGUUGCGCGCAGCUGGACUCCAGGGGUGGCUGACGUCACCACUCUGGCCAACAUACAUCAAAGAUGGGGAGAUCAUCUGUACGGCAAGGGCGAGUACGACGCGGCCAUGACGCAGUACCUGGAAACGGUUGGGCAUUUGGAGCCGUCGUACGUCAUCCGGCGUUUCUUAGAUGCGCAACGGAUUCACAACUUGACCGCUUACCUGGAGCUCAUGCACGAGCGGGGUUUGGCCACAUGCGACCACACCACGCUGCUGCUCAACUGCUACACAAAACUCAAGGUAUUGGGUGUGCGCGAUAUGCGUAUGUAUGCUGCUGCGGCGGCGGAGGCCGCCGCCGCCGCCACAGUAGCGUCAUCGUCGUCGCGAAAGGCUGGCGGAGGCGGAGGCGGUGCACGCAAGCAGCAGAAGCAGGCUGAUGCGCAAGCGGGUACGUCCUCCUUGGCAUCCGCAGCAGCGACAGGUCUCCUGUUCGAUCCCGACACGGCGAUUCGAGUCUUGCGAGGGGCGGGAUACGCGGAACACGCACUGUGGGUUGCGGACGCGGCGGGGCAGAUCGAUUCCGUAUUGGAUAUUUUAUUGGACGAGCUGGGCGAUGCGGACGAGGCGAUCGCCUUCCUGGAGGAGCUGUCCCGGAAAAGGCGAGCUGAGGCGCUCAAGAAGUACGGCAAGGCUCUCAUCAGGAUGCGGGCUGAAGCUGCCACGGGCCUUAUCAUGGAUCUCUGCUGCGCACUCGGCCUGGGGCCCGGAGCCGGGGCUUCUUUCCCGCCCAACAUCAAAAUCAACAUCACCAUCAACAUCGACAUCAUCAUCAUCAUCAACAUCAACAUUGUCAACCUACCUUCCAUUCCCUACCUCUACCAUGCUCGGCCCCCGCCAGCACCCACAGGCGACAUGUACCGGGCCUCAGUAGCGGACUUCGCGCACUUGUACAACGGCGAGCCGACUGCCCUCAUGCUGCUGUGUGAAUUCAUUCUCAACACGAACUCGGGAGCGGCAGCGGCGGCGGCGGCGGCAGCUUCGCACGGGCAUGCGCAUGCUGUCGGCGGGUGCGGCGGCAAUGAAGAGUACGACAACGUGACGGCGCGCGCGCGAGCAUACGAACGGCUGUUGUACCACACCCUCUUGGAGCUGUACUUGGCGGAUCAGCUGUGGCAACAACCGAAUCAACAACCGCAACCGUUACCUGUCCCAACUAACAAACCCGCCAAGACGCCGACAGGGUCGACGUCGACGGCUGCGUCAUCUCCGGUCAAAGGGGAGCUGUCGGCGGCCUGCGACAAUCGCACCACGGAAGCAUUUUGA